GCGGGCGCGGGCGGGUUAAAGGGGCGGGGCCGGCGCUGGCCCAGCCCGCGGCUGCCGGGCCACCCCCUCGCCCGGCCCGGCUGCGAGAGCGGCGCCAUGGAGGCCACCGGGGUGCUGCCGUUCGUGCGCGGCGUGGACCUCAGCGGCAACGACUUCAAGGGCGGCUACUUCCCUGAGAAUGUCAAGGCCAUGACCAGCUUGCGAUGGCUGAAGCUGAACCGCACUAGCCUCUGCUACCUACCAGAGGAGCUGGCUGCCCUGCAGAAGCUGGAACACUUGUCCGUGAGCCACAACAACCUGACCACGCUUCACGGGGAGCUGUCCAGCCUGCCGUCACUGCGGGCCAUUGUGGCCCGAGCCAAUAGCCUGAAGAAUUCUGGAGUCCCCGAUGACAUCUUCAAGUUGGAUGACCUCUCAGUCCUGGACUUGAGCCACAACCAGCUGACGGAGUGCCCGCGGGAGCUAGAGAAUGCCAAGAACAUGCUGGUGCUAAACCUCGGCCACAACAGCAUCGACGCCAUCCCCAACCAACUCUUCAUCAACCUCACCGACCUGCUGUACCUGGACCUCAGCGAGAACCGCCUGGAGAGCCUGCCCCCGCAGAUGCGCCGCCUGGUGCACCUGCAGACGCUCGUGCUCAACGGGAACCCGCUGCUGCACGCGCAGCUCCGGCAGCUCCCGGCGAUGACAGCCCUGCAGACCCUGCACCUGCGGAACACUCAGCGCACCCAGAGCAACCUCCCCACCAGCCUGGAGGGCCUGAGCAACCUCGCAGACGUGGACCUGUCCUGCAACGACUUGACGUGGGUGCCCGAGUGCCUGUACACCCUCCCCAGCCUGCGCCGCCUCAACCUCAGCAGCAACCAGAUCGCGGAGCUGUCCCUGUGCAUCGACCAGUGGGUGCACGUGGAGACCUUGAACCUGUCCCGCAACCAGCUCACUUCACUACCUUCGGCCAUUUGCAAGCUGACCAAGCUGAAGAAGCUGUACCUGAACUCCAACAAGCUGGACUUCGACGGGCUGCCCUCCGGCAUCGGCAAGCUGGCCAGCCUGGAGGAGUUCAUGGCCGCCAACAACAACCUGGAGCUUAUCCCCGAAAGCCUCUGCAGGUGCCCAAAGCUGAGGAAACUUGUCCUGAACAAGAACCGCCUGGUGACCCUCCCAGAGGCCAUCCACUUCCUGACAGAGAUCGAGGUCCUGGACGUGAGGGAGAACCCCAACUUGGUCAUGCCGCCCAAGCCUGCUGACCGCGCUGCUGAGUGGUACAACAUCGACUUCUCACUGCAGAACCAGCUACGGCUGGCAGGUGCCUCCCCGGCCACAGUGGCCGCAGCAGCAGCUGGGAGUGGGCCCAAGGACCCUCUGGCUCGAAAGAUGCGGCUGCGGAGGCGCAGGGACUCAGCCCAGGAUGACCAGGCCAAGCAGGUGCUGAAGGGCAUGUCUGACGUGGCCCAGGAGAAGAACAAAAAGCAGGAGGAGAGUGCGGACACCCGAGCCCCUGGGGGGAAGGUGCGGCGCUGGGACCAGGGCCUGGAGAAGCCGCGCCUCGACUACUCUGAGUUCUUCACGGAGGACGUGGGCCAGCUGCCCGGCCUGACCAUCUGGCAGAUCGAGAACUUCGUGCCUGUGCUGGUGGAGGAAGCCUUCCACGGCAAGUUCUACGAGGCCGACUGCUACAUCGUGCUCAAGACCUUUCUGGAUGACAGCGGUUCCCUGAACUGGGAGAUCUACUACUGGAUCGGAGGGGAGGCCACACUCGACAAAAAGGCUUGCUCUGCCAUCCACGCCGUCAACCUGCGCAACUACUUGGGUGCUGAGUGCCGCACAGUGCGGGAGGAGAUGGGCGACGAGAGCGAGGAGUUCCUGCAGGUGUUUGACAAUGACAUCUCCUACAUUGAGGGUGGAACAGCCAGUGGCUUCUACACUGUGGAGGACACGCACUACGUCACCAGGAUGUACCGCGUGUAUGGGAAAAAAAUCAAGUUGGACCCCCCAAGCUUCCCUGACCAAGUGAGCUCAAGCAUGUUUGUUUUCCUGCUGGACCGAGGGCUGGACAUUUACGUGUGGCGGGGGGCCCAGGCCACACUGAGCAGCACCACCAAGGCCAGGUACGAGGAGCGCUUUGCUCUGCCCUCGGCUCUUGUGCAGAAGAAAAACCAGAAAAUGAGGAAAGGGAAGGCCGAGAUCACGCUGCUGGUGCAGGGCCAGGAGCCCCCAGAGUUCUGGGAGGUGCUGGGUGGGGAGCCCUCCGAGAUUAAGAAGCACGUGCCUGAUGACUUCUGGCCGCCCCAGCCCAAGCUGUACAAGGUGGGCCUGGGCCUGGGCUACCUGGAGCUGCCCCAGAUCAACUACAAGCUCUCUGUGGAACAUAAGAAACGGCCCAAGGUGGAGCUGAUGCCAGGGAUGCGGCUGCUGCAGAGCCUGCUGGACACACGCUGCGUGUACAUCCUGGACUGUUGGUCCGACGUGUUCAUCUGGCUUGGCCGCAAGUCCCCACGCCUGGUGCGGGCCGCCGCCCUCAAGCUGGGCCAGGAGCUGUGUGCGAUGCUACACCGGCCACGCCACGCCGCAGUCAGCCGCAGCCUUGAGGGCACCGAGGCACAGGUGUUCAAGGCAAAGUUCAAGAACUGGGAUGACGUGCUGACAGUGGACUACACGCGUAACGCGGAGGCCGUGCUGCAAGGCCCUGGUCUUUCCGGGAAGGUGAAGCGCGACGCGGAGAAGAAAGACCAGAUGAAGGCUGACCUGACUGCGCUGUUCCUGCCGCGGCAGCCGCCGAUGGCUCUGGCUGAGGCGGAGCAGCUGAUGGAGGAGUGGAAUGAGGACCUGGAUGGCAUGGAGGGUUUCGUGCUUGAGGGCAAGAAGUUCGCACGGCUGCCUGAGGAGGAGUUCGGCCACUUCUACACGCAGGACUGCUACGUCUUCCUCUGCAGGUACUGGGUACCCGUAGAAUACGAGGAGGAGGAGAAGAAGGACGAGGAGAAGGCCGAGGGCAAAGGUGACAUGACGGCUGCUGAGGUGGAGGAGAAGCAGCCCGAGGAGGACUUCCAGUGCAUCGUGUACUUCUGGCAGGGCCGCGAGGCCUCCAACAUGGGCUGGCUGACCUUUACCUUCAGCCUGCAGAAGAAGUUCGAAAGCCUCUUUCCUGGCAAGCUGGAGGUGGUACGAAUGACACAGCAGCAGGAGAACCCCAAGUUCCUGUCCCAUUUCAAGAGAAAGUUCAUCAUCCACCGGGGCAAGAGGAAGGUGGUCCAGAGCGCCCUGCAACCGAGCCUGUACCAGAUUCGUACCAAUGGCAGCGCCCUCUGUACCCGAUGCAUCCAGAUCAACACAGAUUCUAGCUUCCUCAACUCCGAGUUCUGCUUCAUUCUCAAGGUUCCCUUUGAGAGUGAGGACAACCAAGGCAUCGUGUAUGCCUGGGUGGGCCGAGCAUCAGACCCUGACGAGGCCAAGCUGGCAGAAGACAUCCUGAACACCAUGUUUGAUGCCUCCUACAGCAAGCAGGUCAUCAACGAAGGUGAGGAGCCCGAGAACUUCUUCUGGGUGGGCAUCGGGGCACAGAAGCCCUACGACGAUGACGCUGAAUAUAUGAAGCACACACGGCUCUUCCGGUGCUCCAACGAAAAGGGCUACUUCGCAGUGACUGAGAAAUGCUCUGACUUUUGUCAAGAUGACCUGGCAGACGAUGACAUCAUGUUGCUGGACAAUGGCCAAGAGGUCUACAUGUGGGUGGGAACCCAGACAAGCCAGGUAGAGAUCAAACUCAGUCUGAAGGCCUGCCAGGUGUACAUCCAGCACAUGCGAUCCAAAGAGCACGAGCGGCCACGCCGCCUGCGCCUGGUCCGCAAGGGCAAUGAGCAGCACGCCUUCACUCGCUGCUUCCAUGCCUGGAGCACCUUCCGCAAGGCCCUGGCCUAGGGAGUGCCCCGUUGCAGCCCCCAGCCUGGGUGAGGAAGGGACCCUCUCUGUCCACACCUGCUAGUGGAGAAUAUGCAAAACGACAGCUCCUGCCCUGGCCACCCCCCCACCCAGUGCCACAGUGUACGUAGCACACAGCCCCAAGCAGCACCGAUGGGGUGACCCUGUCAGGUACCCUCGCGGAGUCUGGGAAAUGGGACUCCCUCCAGUGUGAGCACUGGUAUGAAGCCUCUCCCGCCCCUGCUAGGGAUAAAGCAGAUGUGGCUGCCCUUUAAGAGAUAUUAAAUGCUUUUAUUUUCAA